UUCUUUUCAGAUUUUACAUUUCAAAAUCUUUUCAUUCUUUCCAAACUUCCAUUAUUCUGAAGAAAUAGUUAUCAUAACCAUGGAACUGCAGAAGCAAUCUAAUGGUAAUCACCACCAUGACAUCACUGGGGAGGCAGGUGUCCCGCCAGAAGAAGAAAAGUUUCUGCAACACAAGAGUGAUGGAUCAAAGAGACCUCAGUUCACAGAUUUUGAGGGUAAAACCUCCUUUGGAAUGUCUGUCUUCAACCUGAGCAACGCCAUCAUGGGCAGCGGCAUUCUGGGUCUGUCAUAUGCCAUGUCAAACACUGGCAUCGUCCUUUUCCUGUGA